AAUGUCACAAUACGGUAAAGCAGAAUAUUGGGAAGAAAGAUAUACAAGGUAUUUAUAUUUGAUAUGAGAAUAUAGAGAUCCUGAACCAUUUGAUUGGUAUCAAAGAUUUGCAGGGAUCAAAGAUCUUGUUUAAGCUUGUUUCACUCCUGAAAGUAAACUAUUAAAUGUUGGGGCAGGGAAUUCAAGUAAAGAAUAUAUUUAGAGAUAAUUUUAGGGUUGAGUGAAGAAAUGUUCGAUGAAGGUUAUUAGAACAUUACAAAUAUUGAUAUUUCUCAUGUUGUUACAAAAGCAAUGUAAGAGAAGUACAAGGAUAAAGGACCAAAUUUUAAAUGUACAAAUUGAUUAAAUGUAGAUCUUCAUAUGGAUGCAAGAGCAAUGGAAUUUGAAGAUGGAUCAUUCGAUGGCGCAAUUGAUAAAGGAACUCUUGAUGCUAUUUUGGUAAAAGUUAUAAUUUACUUAAGUGUGGAGAAUCAUCAUCAUCCAAUGCUUAAAAAGUUAUUUAAGAAGUUCAUAGAGUUUUAGGACCAAAAGGAGUAUAUUUUGCAAUUUCUUAUGGUCUACCUGAACACAGACUUUAAUAUUUGGAAAAGCCAGAAUAUGAUUGGUAUUAUUUAAAUGAAUACAAUUAAAUUAGGAAUGUAAUAGUUAAAUAGGUUCAUAAACCAACAAUUUCAACUUCUAUUGCAAUUACUAAUGAAGAUAAAGAUGCACCGAAUGUUCAUUAUAUCUAUAUAUGCACUAAAGUAAAUUGAAAUUAUUAUGAUUUUAGGGAUAAUAAAAAGGAGUUAAAUAAUGAA